AUCAUGCCGCUGGUGAUCCGCCGGUACCGCCCUGCAGACAAGGCCACAGUGCUGACCCUGUUCACUACUGGCCCCUGGGCGCACAUCUGUCCGUGUUUUCGCAAUGCCAUGACCAGUCCCCUAUACCUCACCAUCACGCUGGCUCUGGGUGUUGUUGGAUACCUCCUUGGCUCUGUGUUUGGGGCUGUGCUGUUCCCAGCAGCCUGGGUGGGUGUCAUCUACUGCUGCUGUCAUGAAAUGUAUUGCGGGUACGUCAGAGAGAGACUUCGGACUGACAUGCAGGACAUCCCUGGGAACUUUCUGAGCAGAUCUGAUGACUGUUUCUGGGUGGCAGAGGCUGAGGUUGAAGGGAGACCACAGGUCAUUGGUAUGGUGGCUGUGGCAGCCAAACACAGUGGGACAGAAAAGUAUGGGGAAAUGUUUCGAAUGAUCGUUGCACCGCAGUGCAGACGAAUGGGCCUCGGCUUCAGGCUGGCUCAGACUGCAGUUGAUUUCUGUAAGGAACGAGGCUUCUCUAAAGUGGUGCUGGAGACUACCUCCACCCAGAUGGCAGCUGUGGCGCUGUACAGCAAACUGGGGUUUACCCGUGUCUUCUCUCAUACCAACAAACUGGCUUUUCUGUGGAUCAGUUCACUAGCCAGGGUCACGAUUAUAAAGAUGGAAAAAUAUUUGUAA